AUGAUACACUUCGAAGCAAGCAUCGACGACGAGCUCGACAACAACAACACUAGCACCUCCAACACAACCAUGGCCGAAGUCCCCACAGUCCUCGGAUUCGCGGCCUUUGGCUUCGCUGCCCGCUGCUUCCAGCUCGGUAUCCAGAAGCGCCCCAUCUUUGCCGGCCCCCAGGCGCACGUUGCCAUCUCGACCAUCUUCGGAGGACUGGGAUACUACGUCUACCACCUCGAGCAGAGGCAAAACGUCCUCCUCGCCGAGAAGAAGAAGGAGCUCAAGGAGAAGCGGGAACGCGAGAGCGCCACCCACGCCGCUGCUGCUGCAUGAGCGAGCGCGCAAGAGUGUAGACAAGCAACGGAGACGGGCUAGGCCCAUGGCAUGCAGCAUAUUCUCGGCAG